AUGCCCCCCAGAGAUACUGCAGAAAGACGCUCGCUGAGGGCCAGCAAGCGUGUGGCUAGAGCAUAUAUUAAUGACCUCCACGAGCGACUAGCUACUUUGCAGCAUAGAGUGAACCAACCAGCCGCUUCGGAAUCGGCCCCUAAGCAGCUUGCCAGCCUGUCAUGUGAUAAUGCAACGCCAUUGCUAUCGUCAGCCGAUCGCGAUGACCAAGACCUGCAUUGCAGACAGGCCACCACAACAGCGUCCAGAAGCCAAGGUGUAAUGGAAGCCAAGGCGCCUCUGACAAAUCCACUAGCUUUUCACAUCACAGACUGGGUUCCAGGCCCUAUGGGAAGACCAGUAGUUUUCAUGGGCACGUCAUCUAGUUGGGCCUUCGCUCGGCGAGUGUUGGGAAUGACCCACGAGAAACUGACCGGAUCAUCGCUGUUUCCAGACCCAAACAAUCUGCUUUUUGAUGAUCAUGUUUACGAUCUCAAGUGGGACGGAAACAAAGCAAACUAUCCCCAGGACCUCUUUGACGUCUCGAAUCUUCCGACACCGGAAUUCGCCAAAUAUCUUAUUAGUGCGGUCAAAUUCCACUGUGGACAGCUUUUCUAUCUACUUGACGAGGAUCGUUUCAUGGAGCAGUUUGCAAUUUUCCAACAAAACCCAGCGAAAGAAGCUCGAUCUUCACCUUUAUGGUUUUGCCACUAUCUUCUGAUCCUUGCGUUCGGAAAAAUGUUCGUGGUACAAUCGACCAGAUCACAGGCCCCUGCCGGUGCAGAAUAUUUCCUCCAGGCUAUGCAAUGCAUGCCGGACUUUAGCUUCUUUGAUGGAGAUCCGAUUGAAAAAAUACAGGUCAUGUGUUGUGCUGCAUUAUAUCUCCAGUCCAUCCACAGCCGUGGCCCCGCCUAUCGUAUGAUUGGUAGUGCUCUUCGCUCAGCUCUAUCAUAUGGCAUGUAUACUGAGAUGCAUGGGAUCUGUCUUAACCAAGACUAUGUGCAGCGAAGCAGUCUUGUGUGGUGGACUUGCUACGCCUUGGAACGCCGGAUGUCGUCUCUUCUAGGAGUGCCAAUGGGAAUCUCAGAAGAGAGCAUAAGUACUUCAUUUCCUUCGAUUUCCACGCAUAUUCAAGGAUCGAAUGUCCUAGAGAUGCAGGUUAUGCUAUGUCAAAUACUGGCAAAGGUAGACUUGACUGUAUAUGGCAGUGAAGGAAAGCUUGACAGUCGCUAUCUGAGCGCGACUCAGUCUGUUCUCCGAGACAUUGCCCAUGUCACCGAACAAUUGAAUAACUCGUUCAGCCUAUAUACCAAUGGUUCCAUGAGUGGUACUUCACGAAUAUCAGCACAUUUAUAUAUUUUCCAGCAUCAGUGUAUCAUUCUCACGACAAGACCCCUUUUGUAUAUAUUUCUCCAAUCCAAAUUGGGUCUGUCCGACCCUGCGUUAAUGGACUGGCUUCAAGCUGGGACUGUGCAGGCUCUCCUUCACAUAUGCGUCGAAUCCGCCCAACAGAUUUUGAGAAUCCUGUCCAACUUACUAGAACAAGGACUCCUGGAAACAUUUUUGCCUUUCGACAUGGAUGCGGCAUCUACAUCAACGAUUUCACUUUUACUGGCGGCUGCAAUUGACCCAUCUCUACUGCGAGAUCACUCACCCUGGUCCAAGCGUGCGUACACUAUUCUAGAUGAGAUGAGCGCUCGCGGCAACCUUUCUGCCAGAUUAAUCCGGUCGGAGUUGAAGCAAUUAGCUGGUGAACUUGCUCAGUUGGCGAUGAAAGAAAAUAUCACAACGGUUCUCCCCGCAAGCACUCGAGAAUCGAGGGAGGGGGACAGCCCUGUAGCCAUGGUUCCUUCAGUUGAAUCGGGUGAGCAUAGUCACUCACUGACGCUGAAAUCUGCGGAAAGGUUUGAGCAACAUUACGAGCUCAGGCCGGAUCAGUUAAUGGAGCUGGCCAACUCCUUAGACCUUAAUAGCCUGACUUGGCCACUUCCUUCCGUUGAUGAUCUGCCAGACUUGGAUCUCUGA